AUGAGCAACUUAUUGCCAACCAACGAAACGGAAUCCUCGCAAAUAAGCGAGCACGCAACUGAAGAUGACAAGAGACAGCAAGAUCUGAGCUACGAUAGCAGGAAUCUGUCCACAAAAUCGCUUGGAGUCCCUGAAGCAGACGCAUCUCUCACAAGCAUGAUAAAGAGUUCUCAAAGCCUACAGCAGGAGAUCAAUGGAAUAUUUGCUCAACUGAAUGAUUUAAAUCGUCAAGUAAGAAUAGAUAUUGAUGACUUUUGCAAUAUUGGCAUGCGCAACAGUACAACACUAAAUAAUGUGCAAAAUUAA